AUGGCGGCCGCUUUUGCUGCGGCAAGGGGUCUGACAAGGGCCAUCUCAAGAUGUACGAAGCGGGUGCCCGAGCGAGCGCUCUUCUCCCCGCUUUCGGCGCCAGCGCCGCCAGCGCUCGCGGCGCUUCCGGGCGUGCGGGCUUUCUCUCGCACCAGCUGGGAGUCCGGCGAUGACGUCGACUUGGAUAGCGUGGCAUACGGCUUUAUGGCGUCCCAGGCGCAGUUCUCAGCAGUCGCCCGCAGACUCACAACUGACUCGUCUCAGGCGCUGUUCUCGGCUCUUGAGCUCGGGAUUUUUGACAAGGUGUGGCCGUGGCCCAUUGAAGCAGACUGUCUUCAUGUCAUUUCGUUUCAGUAUGCCUGA